GCUCGACGGGGCGGUUUCAAGGAUCCCUUUUUUGGGGGGCUGAGAGGAGGGCGGGGCCGCUGGCGGGGGCCCCCUUGAAACCGACUAAUUGGGAUCGGAGAGGCCGAGGUGAGGGCUGGAGGAAGGCACAAAGGAGUCGCUGGGCGGAGAAGGGAGGGGAGAGGCGAGAGGAGGAGGAAGAAGAGGAGAGAGGGCAAGCAGCGCGCGGUGUCUCCGGCGGCUCAGUCGGACCGCGGCGAGCGAGCCGGCAGGCGCGCCGCCCCCCUCCCCCGCCCGGCCUCCCCAACUCUGCAGCCGCCAGCAAACUUUGCAAAGAGGCGCGGGAGGCGGCAGCGAGGCGGCGGCGGCGGCUGGGAAGGCGCGCGGUCUCGGGCCUGGGGGCGGGGGCGGGGGGGCGCCCGGGAGCCGAGUGGGGGGCGGCGGCCAGCAUGCGGCCCCGCAGCGCCCUGCCCCGCCUGCUGCUGCCGCUGCUGCUGCUGCCCGCCGCCGGGCCGGCCCAGUUCCACGGGGAGAAGGGCAUCUCCAUCCCAGACCACGGCUUCUGCCAGCCCAUCUCCAUCCCGCUGUGCACGGACAUCGCCUACAACCAGACCAUCAUGCCCAACCUUCUGGGCCAUACGAACCAGGAGGACGCGGGCCUGGAGGUGCACCAGUUCUACCCGUUGGUGAAGGUGCAGUGCUCCCCCGAACUGCGCUUCUUCUUGUGCUCCAUGUACGCACCCGUGUGCACCGUGCUGGAGCAGGCCAUCCCGCCGUGCCGCUCCAUCUGCGAGCGCGCGCGCCAGGGCUGCGAGGCGCUCAUGAACAAGUUCGGUUUCCAGUGGCCCGAGCGCCUGCGCUGCGAGCACUUUCCGCGCCACGGCGCGGAGCAGAUCUGCGUGGGCCAAAACCACUCCGAAGACGGCACGCCCGCGCUGCUCACUACCGCGCCUCCGCCCGGCCUGCAGCCGGGUGCCGGGGGCACCCCGGGCGGCCCGGGCGGCGGCGGCUCGCCCCCGCGCUACGCCACGCUGGAGCACCCUUUCCACUGCCCGCGCGUCCUCAAGGUGCCAUCCUAUCUCAGCUACAAGUUUCUGGGCGAGCGCGACUGCGCGGCGCCCUGUGAGCCGGCGCGGCCCGACGGCUCCAUGUUCUUCUCUCAGGAGGAGACGCGCUUCGCGCGCCUCUGGAUCCUCACCUGGUCGGUGCUGUGCUGCGCCUCCACCUUCUUCACCGUCACUACCUACCUGGUAGACAUGCAGCGCUUCCGCUACCCGGAGCGACCCAUCAUCUUUCUGUCCGGCUGCUACACUAUGGUUUCGGUGGCCUACAUCGCGGGCUUCGUGCUCCAGGAGCGCGUCGUGUGUAACGAGCGCUUUUCCGAGGACGGCUACCGCACAGUGGUGCAGGGCACCAAGAAGGAGGGCUGCACCAUCCUCUUUAUGAUGCUGUACUUCUUCAGUAUGGCCAGUUCCAUCUGGUGGGUCAUCCUGUCUCUCACCUGGUUCCUGGCGGCGGGCAUGAAGUGGGGCCACGAGGCCAUCGAGGCCAACUCCCAGUACUUCCACCUGGCCGCGUGGGCCGUGCCGGCGGUCAAGACCAUCACUAUCCUGGCCAUGGGCCAGAUUGACGGCGACCUGCUGAGCGGCGUGUGUUUCGUGGGCCUCAACAGCCUGGACCCGCUGCGGGGCUUCGUGCUGGCGCCGCUCUUCGUGUACCUGUUCAUAGGCACGUCCUUUCUCCUGGCUGGUUUCGUGUCACUCUUCCGCAUCCGUACCAUCAUGAAGCACGACGGCACCAAGACGGAGAAGCUGGAGCGGCUCAUGGUGCGCAUCGGCGUCUUCUCGGUGCUCUACACCGUGCCUGCUACCAUCGUCAUCGCCUGCUACUUCUACGAGCAGGCCUUUCGAGAGCACUGGGAGCGCUCGUGGGUGAGCCAGCACUGCAAGAGCCUGGCCAUCCCGUGCCCGGCGCACUACACGCCGCGCAUGUCACCCGACUUCACCGUCUACAUGAUCAAAUACCUCAUGACGCUCAUCGUGGGCAUCACGUCGGGCUUCUGGAUCUGGUCCGGCAAGACGCUGCACUCGUGGAGGAAGUUCUACACCCGUCUCACCAACAGCCGGCACGGCGAGACCACCGUGUGAGGGGGUGUCCCUACGCCGUCGCGCGUCCCCAGGCCACCCGCGCCGCGCUUGCUUCUGCCCGGGGGGGCCUCCUACAGACUCCUUAUUUUAUUUUUUUAAAUAAAGAACAAUCGAAACCAUUUCUUUUUUAGGUUGCUUUUUAAAGAGAAUUCUCUGUUCAACACCCCCAUCAGGUUUGUAAUUAAAACUGUAAAUAGUCUGUAAA